AUGUCCUCAAAGAAGAAAAUGAAGAGAAAUCGUUCUGGAAAUAAAUCAAAGGAACACAAAGCCAACUCCCAUCCUCGCUGGAAAUUGCUUCCACUUGAGGAACCAGAUGUCUCAAGGAUAUUGAAGGUAGCGGAAGCAAAUCAACUUGAGGAACUUGACGAUUCAUUUGAUCACCCUUUGCACAGUACUGCUGUGGAUGCUUAUGGAGAGGAACAUUCACAAAACGAGUCACUUGGUCAUGUUUCAGCUCCGCAAAGGAAAAGUACAGAAAGAAGUAAAAAAGCGCAUCAUUCAAAAACAUCUGAUGGUGAUGUUCAGAAAUUCAGCACAGAUGAUCCUGAAGAUGAACCCCUUGAGGAAAAUGUGAAGGCUCUGAAUACUACUCAGUUCCAGGCAAAAAAGAAGCGGCCUUCAGAGAGGAACACAUCAGAGCCUUCUGUGGAUAGCCCAUGUUCUGUAGAGGUUUGGUGUCCCAAAGAGCUGAAGAGAUCUCCCAGAGAUAUUACAGAACUGGAUGUUGUUCUGGCUGAAUUUGAGAAGAUAGCAGCAAAUUACAGACAAAGCAUAGAAUCAAACGUUUGCAGAAAAGCUAUCAAUGGCUUCUGUUCUGCUUUCAAGGACCAAAUCACCGAUCUUAUAGUGGAAGUCCAGGAAUUAAAGAAUAUGAAGAAAAAAAAUGCUAAGGUAAUAACAGACAUCAAAAAGAAAAGGCAGCGACUGUUGCAACUCAGAGAAGAGCUAAUUGGAGCUGAACCACAACUGACAAAACUACAAAGAGAAUAUGCUGAGAUACAGGAAAGAAAAUCUUCCUUGAGGCAGGCAACUGAAUUACUUAAUGAUUUAAAGGAGCUACAGCAAGACUGUUUGGAUUAUAGAGAAGAGAAGCCAAAAGAAAAAGUGGUAUAUGGAACUUCCAGCCUACCCGCUCUUCUGGUGGAGUCGCGGAGAAUUCUAGGAGCAGAAAGACACUUUCAGAAUAUCAAUAUGAAACUGGAAGAGGCUCUGGCUGUACAAAGAGGGAAGUUAUCAAAAAAACAUUAA